UCCAAUAUAGUAACGGCAUAUAAGAAUUAAGAAAUCACAUCAAUGAAAAAUAAUUCAAUUAUCUAUAUCAUUUUCGGGCAAACAAAAUAUCCAUACAUUUCUAUGUCUAUAUAUGCACACCUUGAAGUCUUAGCUGGAGUUCAAGAUAUUUGAUCCUCCAAGGCCUAGCUUCGGCGAGAUGUUGACAAUCGAGAUUUCAUAAGAAGACUACAGGAUUUUUUAAGUCAAUCAAUGGAGAUAUUUUUCCACAAGGUAAAGGCCUGAUCCGAUAGUUCACUUCUGAUCUGCAUUCUAAGUUAAAAAUUGAAAAUUGACAGGAUACAGCUACUUUCACUUCAAAAACCAGGACCGGAGUGUUAAAUAUCAAAGCCACGGACCUCAAAAACAGUGUUCAAAGCAAACAAAAACACAAAGCAGAGUCGUAGCAAUGGAAGCUGUGAACCUCAACAAAAAGGAGUGCAAAUUUGUGGUGGCCGUGGAUGAGAGCGAGGAGAGCAUGUAUGCACUUUCAUGGUGCCUUGGAAAUUUGAUUUCCCAAAACACAACCAACAACCUCGUGCUUCUUUACGUGAAGCCUCCACCUCCUGUCUACUCUUCCUUUCACGCUGCAGGGUAUGUGUUUUCCAGCGAUGUGAUCAGAGCCUUGGAAAAAUAUGGCAGCGAUCUGGUGAAGUCGGUGAUGGGAAGAGCCGAAGCUAUCUGCGGAAAGUUUAGCAGCAACAUACAUGUGGAGAGAAUCGUCGGAAGCGGAGAUGCAAAGGACGUAAUAUGUCAUAUCGUGGAUAAAAUAAAAGCCGACACUUUGGUGAUGGGGAGCCACGGCUAUGGUUUCUUCAAAAGGCAAGGUAGCUUGAAGAUGACUUUCCCCUUUUCAAUUCUACAGAGCGCUUCUAGGAAGCGUGAGCGAUCAUUGUGCCAAGCAUGUUAAAUGUCCAGUGGUGAUCGUGAAACAUCCUGAGAAGAGAUAAAGUUUCUUCUGCAUUUUCUUCCGCUUGAAUAUUGUCAGAUGGUUUCCACUAGCAUGUACACCAGUUAACCUGAUCAAAAUAUAUAAUACUUGGGCACUAUAUUGUAAUUCUUUUUUUUUUUUUUUGAAGAACUAUUAUUUUACUUCUUAAUUCUAGUUUCAAGUGUAAUAGUUCCACGUAAUGGGUCGUCCACUUGCACUACAAGAGAAAAUAGAUGACGAGGACUGUGAUUUCUUCUCUGAAGUGUGCGUUCCUCAA